AUGUCCGUCUCUCGCCGAAUUUUGUCUCAAUGUAAAGAUAUAAUCAGACUGGGAAACCAAAAAAGAUAUUCAUCCUACGAUGAGAGCAGACGUAAUUUGGCGAUCAAUAGUGAAACAAAAGUAAUUGUACAAGGGUUCACUGGCAAACAGGGUACAUUCCAUAGUCAGCAAGCACUAGACUAUGGCACUAAAGUUGUGGGUGGUGUAUCUCCGAAAAAAGCUGGCAAAGAACACCUUGGAAAGCCAGUUUUUGCAACAGUAAGGGAAGCAAUGGCAGCCACUCAAGCCAAUGCAUCUGUCAUUUAUGUGCCUCCUCCGGCUUGUGCUAAAGCCAUUAUGGAAGCCAUCGAAGCAGAGGUGCCGCUUAUUGUCGCCAUUACGGAAGGUGUUCCUCAACACGACAUGGUUCGUGUAAAGCACGCGCUUCUGAGGCAGAACAAAUCUCGCCUCUUGGGUCCCAACUGCCCAGGCAUUAUUUCUCCAGAACAAUGCAAAAUCGGUAUCAUGCCUGCAUCUAUACAUAAGAAGGGAUGCAUAGGCGUCGUCUCACGAUCUGGCACCUUAACCUAUGAGGCUGUGUUUCAAACGACUGUUACUGGCUUGGGACAAACUCUCUGCGUGGGUAUUGGAGGCGAUCCGUUUAACGGCACAAACUUCAUUGAUUGUUUGGAAGUAUUCUUGAACGAUCCUAAUACAAAAGGAAUAAUUCUCAUUGGCGAAAUUGGUGGUAAUGCUGAAGAACUUGCUGCUGAAUAUCUCAUCAAGAACAACACUGGUAAGAAAGCUAAGCCAGUGGUUUCCUUCAUCGCUGGGUUGACUGCUCCCCCUGGCAGAAGAAUGGGUCACGCUGGAGCUAUCAUCUCUGGGGGUAAAGGCGGUGCCAAAGAUAAGAUUAAAGCAUUACAAAAUGCCAAUGUCAUUGUAACCCCUUCUCCAGCAAAAAUGGGAGUCGAACUGCUCAAAGAAAUGAAACGACUAGAGAUCGUCUAA